CAGAACCUCACACGUGUUACAAACGUUUUGGACUCGCUGCGUGUUCCACAGUUCUCUCCCUCUGAGACUCAGCUCAAUAGAUAAACAAAGUAUAACUUUCGAGUAAAAAGAGAAAAAAAGCUCUUAUUUUCUUGCUCUUUUCAAACCUCGCUAAAGGAAGAAGAAGAACUCCUCCGUGAAGCUUUUCGCCGAGAGGGUCAGAAAUAGCACAACACAGCUCACAAUGACUGAAGCUCAGGUGAAUCCGAAGGCCUACCCGCUGGCUGACGCCACGCUCACCAAAACCAUCCUGGACCUGGUGCAACAAGCGUCCAACUACAAGCAGCUGAGGAAGGGAGCGAACGAGGCCACCAAAACCCUGAACAGAGGCAUCUCUGAAUUCAUUGUGAUGGCCGCAGACGCUGAGCCUCUGGAGAUCAUCCUCCACCUGCCGCUGCUCUGCGAGGACAAGAACGUGCCGUACGUGUUUGUCCGGUCCAAGCAGGCCCUGGGCCGGGCCUGCGGGGUGUCGCGCCCCGUCAUCGCUACCUCUGUCACCAUAAAGGAGGGAUCUCAGCUCAAGCCGCAGAUUCAGUCUGUGCAGAUGGCUAUUGAGAGACUGCUGGUGUGAGUUUUUGCUGCACUGAUGUGACAAAACGUCUCCUGGAAAAGGAAAGAGACAACAGAUUCCAUUUUGAAAAUAAUUCUAUGUUCUGUUUGAUUAAAAACAGUUUUGUUUUGUUUUUUUGCAUGGAAAAUAAUUAAAAAGCUGUUUUAAUUUGUUUGGAAUGGAAUCAUUUGAUUCAAAAUAAACUUUUUUUAUAAUA